UCUUGCCGCCACUGCCAGUCGCAGUCCUUGCAAGGCGCUGCUUCGGGCAGACCGGUCUGCCUGUCCGUACGUGCGGGGCUGGACUGGGUCGGAGCUGCCCAAACGGAGGCGCGGCCACAGCGCGCGAUAAGGCGGCGGCGGCGGCGGAGGCGGAGGGAGGCGGCCAGCCAGUGCGGCCGGCCAGCCAGUCAGUCAGUGAUCGCGCGGCUGCCAUGAGGGGAGGCGUGGGCGCAGGCUUGGGCUGCGGCCUUCUGCUGGCGGCGGCGCUGCUGGUCGCUUCUCCGGCCUCGGCGGGGCUGACGCGCAGGCGCGAGGACAAGACGCGCUGCCCGCAGGUCAAGGCGGUCCGCGACCUCGACGUGCACCAGAUGCUUGGCCGAUGGUUUGUGGUGCAGUACUACUCCAGUUCAGAGGAGGCGCUGGCCUACCGGUGCAUGCGAGCAGAGCUCUCGCUGUCACCCCUGCGGCCUGAGGUCUCCAUGAAUUUCACGUAUUCCUUCACCGAUGACCCUGACAACGAGCUGCUGGCGGGCAACAUCACGUGGGAGAUCCCUGAUCCUGCAAUGGCAGCACACUGGGUACAUGCUGAGGACACCUAUGAAGGUGUCUACAACACAUUUGUUGUGAACUCUGACUACAAAUCUUGGGCACUUCUACUCCACUGUGCUGAAAAAUCUAAAAGCCCGCGAUAUUUAUCCAGUUUCAUUAUGAGUCGUGUACCUGGUCUUCCAAAAAAUGUAAUUUCGUAUUUACGAGAGAAGCUACCGCGCUAUGAUAUUGAUCUUUCAUUUAUGUUCCCCAUGCAACAAGACAACUGCCCUCAAAGUAAUGGUAAUAGGAAACCACCUGGGAUAUCCAAUAUGCUGAGAGGUCACCCACUUAAGCACAAAUGAAAUAUUUGUUGUGGGAUUCAUGUAGCAAAAGACUGUGUUAGUAAGAGUACAAAUAUGUUAUUAAGCAUUUCAGAUGUUUAUUGCAGAAACUUUUUACAAGAAAAUGUGUACAGAUUACUGUGUUAUGCUUCUGGAAUACAAUGAAAAUACAUUUAAACGCUAGCUAUAUACUAAAUUGCUAUGUUAAUACAAAUGUAUUUUUCUCUUACAAAACAAAUAAUUUCUUUUCUGUGUCAGCCAUUGUACAGUUGUUUUCGCACUAUCUGAUAUUUCUGUUACACACACCAUUGCACAUAGAUUUGGACUGUAUGCGAAAUGCACCUUUUCAGUCAAAGAAGUCCUAUAACUUAUAGUUUCUGUAACAAUGAGUACUGUGUUUACAAUAUAAGAGUGUAAUUGGACACUCAUGUUACUGUGAAGAUUAAAAUUAAUUGUAAAAUAAAUAUUUUAGUUACUGUCCUCCUCACUUAUUUAGAACAAAAUCUAUUGUUUUUAAUAAAUGUCUUAAUUUUUAUUUGUUACAAAUAUGUUUUUUUUUUAAUUUUCACAAUAGUUAUGAAAAACUGAUUGUAUGGGGCAGACUUUGAUCAAAUUCGUCAUUUCCCUUUAUCUUUCCAGAUAUUCCUUUAUAAAGUAACCAUGAUGAAUUACAUGUCAUUUAAAGGAUGAUGAUCCUACAAACGCAGAAAGGAAUGUGUUCCUGCUUAAGUUCAAGAUUGUCAUUACUGUAUUAAGUACAGAUUUACUUAGAAAAUCAAGUCUAAUUUCAGUACAUCACUAAGUAUUUUUGUUUAUAAAUGCAAUGUGAUAUAACCCCAUGACAUAAUGUAAAUGAGAUGCAUUCCAAAAGAAGACAAAAAUACAGAAUACAUUUCUUUGUGAAUAGGACAAUAAAAGAAAAAUAAUUCGUGAUUAUUUAGUAGCAUAGUGACAGUCGUUCUUUCUGUGGACAGUUCAAAAAUCUAACUGCAAAAGAGCAUAGAGAUAUUGACCCACUAUGCAUUUUACAUGAUGAAUAAUAUAAUGGUGUGCAGAAGUACACAUAUUUUGUGAAUUAUGUACUUUUUGAUAUUUUAACAUAAAUAUUUCUACCAAAUGGAUGACUAGCUAUUCUAUCUUCAUACGUUUAAACAGGUUAGAUAUUUUACCUCUGCUUCCACUCUGUAAAGGAAUGUAACAUAUAGUGUGGCUGUGCUUCAUAAGGUAUGUUCCUAAGCAACAAGAAAUCCCAUCGUCUGUGAACAAUAUAAUCUGAUAAUAGUUAAUCACGCCAUCUGCUGAGUACACUUGAGUAUUUUUUUCCUGUAUUAUAGUACACUGAGAUUUAUGUUAUUGUUUAAGCUCUCUGAAACAAACACUCAUCUUGCAUGUAGCUAGCUUAAAUGUUAUUUAAAUUUUGUUAGAGGUUGGAUAGAAGGUUUUACGUGAUUCAUAAUGUACUACAACGCAUAAUAGGUGAAUUAACCAAAUAUUUAGACAUUUCUUACUCAUUUCCUUUUUUUCUUUUUAAUGAAAGGAUAUACCAUAGCAAAAAUAAUGAUAGGUGUGUUUGCUUGAGUGACCCAACAAUGAAUCAUGAUGUAAACAUAUCAAAAUAUUUCAGAAAAAAAUAUCUAACCAAAAUAUUACAAAUGAAAAGUAAACCUUGUUGUAUUAUGUUCUGUAAAUUCAGAAUCAGAACAAUGUAACAACCUAUCAAGAAUUUCGAAUAAAAAUACGGAUAACUCUGGUAAUCUGC